UACACUAUGUGUCAUGUCUUGUCUUAUCUAGUUUCGCGCGAUGUCUUAAUGUUGUUGAAUUUGGUUAAUUAUCUGGACGUAUCUAAGCAGAUCGGACAUUAUGCAAGUAACUUACCAGGUGUGUGUUUUAUGGAGAGUUGAAUACCGGAAUACAUACACUACUAAAGCGCACUUGUUUGUCGUUCGGUUUGUGCAGCUAUUUUGAAUACGUUUAAAACUUAAAAUAUAAACAGACGUUGACAGAUAAAUAGCCAUUUAGAAAUAAAUUAAAAAUGUGUUAUGAUGGUGUUUUGGUUAUUAUUUAAAUGUUCGGAAAUGCAAUGAAUUAGAUUACAUCUUUAUACCACGGCCAGAGAGACAUUUACUCAUUUAUCGUAAAUAUCGAUUAAGAAGUGAGGUAUGUGAAACUUCUAGAAGACUUGUUCCCGGCAUGCCUGUGUUGAGACUUGCGCUGCCUCUUAAAAAGCUGGGCACAACGUCCAAGGUGGCCCUAGUGGUAGGACUGGUUAUAAUGCCCUUCAUCAUUAUAAGCUUGUUACGAGGUGGGCGUGGGUACGAGCACAAUGCAGCGGUCCACAAAGCUCCCAGGCUGGAAAUGAAGAAAUUCUUGACAAAUUCGCCGGAAACCCAGUCCGACCUGAGGAUGCGGUUUGCAAAAAGGCGAAGUCACCUACAGGAGCAGUGUAAAGUCCUUAAACGGUAUUACGACACCCAAAACUCAGAGAAUGCUGUCAAAGAACAUCUUACCAUUAACCGUAAACACAACCUCGUGUAUUGUGCAAUAGAAAAAAUCGGCUGUACUUUCUGGAAAAGGGUUUUCCAGAUUUUAAGCGGGUUUAAAAACGUGACCGACCCAUUUCAAAUUCAAGCUAUUCGUGCCUACCAAGGAUAUCAAACGGCGAAAGGUCUACCUUUCGAUCAAAUUCACUACAUUCUUAAACAUUCAAAAAGUUUUAUAUUUGUUCGUGAACCUUACGAGCGACUUUUAUCAGGGUAUGUUGACAAACUGUUCGCUCCAAACGCUGCUUACUGGGGAUUCAUCGGAACAUACAUUGCAGAAAACUUCCGUCCCAAUGACACUGAAACGGCGAACAAGUGUGGAAACGACAUCACCUUUAAAGAGUUUAUACAGUACUUCAUCCACUCACAACAAAAUAACAUUCGUCGGGACGCACAUUUUGUGCCAAAUUUCGAACAUUGUCGGCCGUGCGAGCUUGAUUAUGAGUACGUUGGAAAACUCGAAACAUUCGAGGACGAUACUCUGUUUUUGUUAAAGGAGUUGAAACUCGACAGUGAAGUGAAAUUUACUGAUUUCCAAGGGGAAUCAGACCGCGACGCCAUCAGGGAUGCUGCAGACUAUGUGUUCUCCAUGCGACACGCGAUAACGAAGUGUAUGUCCAUGCAUGAAGCCUUGUUUAGAGCUUACCGGAAGUUACAGAUUCGAGGGAUUAUAAGUAAACACAUUGAGUAUCCAUUUGUGCGCGACUCUCAGCGAGAUAUUUCGAGUGAAGAAUACAAACAAGAACUUCUAGCCGCGCAUGCGCAAUCUGGUCCAGCGAGUAGUCGAAAGGAUAAUCGCAAAGAAGCGUUUUUAGAAGCUUUCUCAACGAUACCUCAGGAACUAUUAGAUUCACUCAAAGAUGAAUUAAGUAUUGAUGCAAAUUUGUUUGGAUAUGAGGAAAUGCCUAAGCUAGUACAGGAUGCAAAACAUUACACUCCUACAUUUCAAUAUUUUGAUUUAAAGAUGUAAUUUGAAACAUUCUGAGUUUUAACACAGCUACUUACCACUAAUUCGUUUUCUGUUCUUGUUUUUGUGAAAGUCUUAUUCAAGUAGAUUGCAAAGAAAUACCAAGAACCUAUAUUUUCACUCUUUUUAACUUAAUUUGUCAGAUAAGACAAAGAAUAUUUAAUUUCGCAAGUAAAAAUGCUCGUAUUAGUUGCCUUGUGACACUAACUAACUCUUGAUCUAUUUUUUACGAUAUUUGUUGAAGUUGGCACCUGAGCUUUUAGAAAUCAUAAACAAUAUAAUAUCACACGCUGAUCAUGUUAUUGUUUAACCUCGCUCCAACGGCCCUUAAUAAAAUUAGUCCGUGUUCUAAUUUUGUCAACCGUAUUUGCAUGUAUAUGAUUUAUAUGGUAUGUCAUUUGUUAUUCUGCUUUGGUCAGUCACGUCAAAGCGUGACUAAUUGUCAUUUAAUGUUCAUACGCUGUUGUCAUAAAAUACAAAAUUAGAUACAUUUUUGUUGCAAAUAUGUCUAUGAUUUAAUGAUCAAA